AUGCGUAAUUUAUACCAAGAUUUUUGUCACGUUAACCUUGACGUGUGUGGUCCUCAAGAGAAGACAUUUCUGGUGGAUCAUCCAGGGGAUAUAAUCAACAAAUACACACUACAAGUUGGAGAUGAAUGCAUUAUAUCACCUCUAUCACUGUUUUAUACGGAUUUGUUAAAGAUAACAGGUCAGAAAACAACUAAAAUUCAAAGCCGCCAGCCCAGUGAUCCAGAGGAUCCCUUUGACACAGAGUUUCUUAGGGAAACAGGAAGAAAACGUGAAACUGCUGAUCCAACUGUUAUUGAAAAUCAACAGUUUGAAUCUGUGAAUGAAGUCCAGCCAACAGUGAAUGCUGAUGAAGAUAUUGUUGUUGAUACACUAGAAGGAGGGCCAGGAGAUAUUGUGUCAUUAGCACCAGGGCAGGUAUUAGGCUUAGAUGCAGCUAUACUGCAAAGCAUAGACAGAUGUUCUAGUGAAGAAUUGAAGAGAAAAAUGUAUAGCAGUAUCUUAAUAAUUGGUGGAGGGGUAAAGAUCCAUGGUCUGAAUUUGUGGUUGCAGAACCGCUUAGCACUUCAAAUACCUUAUGCUUACAAGACUGAACAGUUAGAAAUAGUGACUUCACCAAAGGACAUUGACCCUGCAAGCACAGUUUGGAAAGGGGCUGCUGUCAUGUCUUGUUUGGAGUCAGCCAUAGAGUUAUGGAUAAAUCAGAGUGAAUGGAACAAGUUUGGUUUGAAAAUAUUAAGGGAAAGAGCACCAUUCAUUUGG